CUUUGCACUCACUCAUCCAGUCACUUGCCCUCUCUCCUCACUUUGUACACACCCCCAGCAGGUGCUUUCACUUGAGGUUUAGUUUGCAGUUGUGCUCUGGGCUCUGACUUUCAGGUUAAGCUUAGACUGCACCACAGAGCCUGGGAGGGUCCGAGGCCUCAAGCUGGGGGCUCUGAGACAAUCAUCGAGGGGGGAAACAGAUUGAAGGGUGCCCGCUGCGUACUGCACCUCUGCCCUCAGGUAGCGCCCAGGGCGUCACGGCUGAGCUGAGCCUUUGGUCUGCACCGGGACAACAGGCCAUCCUUCAUCCUUCAUCCUUCAACAGAACCAGAGCUGCACUGCAUCUGCUAACAUCCAGUCAAGGUUUUGCCUCUGAGCAUCUUUGCCUCGUAACAGUUAUGUCAAAUCCAGUGGGCAGUUUAUCAGAAGACACAGUGUAUGGAUCCCGGAUCGGGAUGACAGAGGACCCCCUCGCCAUCCUGGAGCGAAACAGAGGCUCUGGAGAACCCUGGGACAUGGUGGAGACCAAACCAAGCGUGGAAGCCCUCGAGCGGGGUAUACCAGGCCUCUACCUCUCCUGCUUCGACAUGCUCCUCACUGAAGAAGCCACCUGGCUGGUGAAAGUUUCAGAGGCCUCCCCAACGCUGGCUGUACCCAUGACACGCAUGGAGCCCCAGGAGGAACCAGAGCAGUGCCCAGUCAUAGACAGCCAGGAACAGGGACUCUCUCCUGGGCUGGAGGGCCAGGAGGAGGAGCGUUCUCUGGAGCAAGUGCAGAGCAUGGUGGUGGGAGAAGUGCUGAAGGACAUUGAAACUGCCUGCAAACUGCUCAAUAUCACCCCAGACCCUAUAGAGUGGAACACAGGGAAUGUCCAGAAGUGGCUGCUGUGGACCGAACAUUUGUACAGGUUGCCACAUGCAGGAAAAGCCUACCAGGACUUGACAGGAAAGGACUUGUGUGCAAUGAGCGAGGAGGAAUUCCGCCAGCGCUCGCCACAGUGUGGAGACACGCUGCAUGCACACCUGGACAUAUGGAAGUCAGCUGCCUGGAUGAAAGAGCGGUGUUCAGUUGGAGACACAAAAACUGCAGGUGGCGAGGAACUUUGGUCCGAGGCAGAUUCGUCUUGUUCAGGUCAGCCCAUUCAUCUGUGGCAGUUCCUCAGAGAACUCCUGCUUAAACCUCACAACUAUGGACGCUGCAUCCGCUGGCUCAAUAAAGAAAAAGGUAUUUUUAAAAUCGAAGACUCCGCUCACGUUGCGAGACUGUGGGGACUCCGAAAGAAUCGGCCUGCCAUGAACUAUGACAAGCUGAGCCGCUCCAUACGUCAAUACUACAAGAAGGGCAUCAUCCGCAAGCCUGACGUGUCUCAGAGACUGGUGUACCAGUUUGUUCACCCAGUAUGAGGCACAACAUAGUGGGAGGAGGACAAACAAAAAGGACACGCUGUCUUACCACCAUGCACUUAAACACCUAAGCCUGAGAUGAAAAGGUGACAUGGAACACGUGCACUGACCAACCCCAAUGGUACACACUUCCACUGCCAACACUGAAGCAACAGCUGGCAGCUGCUGCAUGAAGGCUUAUCUGUGCAUGAGCCGAGAAGAAGAGACAAAACAAUGUGGCUGUUGAGGCUUUUUUCCUGCUGCAGAAUAAAACAACAACACAUUAAAAAAAGAAGAAAAAAGAAAUUAGUAAAUGAACUGCCUUGUCAUUUGCAUGAUCUGCCUGUUUAUUUUUCCAUAAUGUGAUUCUUAAUUAUCAUUAACUCCAUUACCCCAAACAGUUAGAGCUGAUCGCUCUUAUGUACAGGCUUCAGGAAAACGCCCAUCGCCCACGCACAGCUACAUUUGCUUUGUCUUUUUGUUUCGCUCAUCUUGACCACUGUCUCUGUUUGAAUUAGAGCCGGUUUCCCUGCCAUAGCUGAAAAUGUGGCUAGGAUUGUUUUGCUUCUUUUUUGGGUUUGGUCCUGGCUGUUAUAUACACAGUCAGCCAGUCUGUUAUCUGCAAGGUGCAGACAAGCAGACUUUAGUAGUUUGCUGAAUCUGGUUUCAAGCCUUUGGAGGACCCUUAAACCCUUCUGUGACUGUACUGAUAAUGCCACUUGCUAAAUGUGAUUUUCUAAAGUGUAACUUGGUAAAGAGUGAUGCAUUCCUUUAAUAUUGUUGCUGAGAAGCCCUGCUUUAUAUAUAUAUAUAUUUUAUGCUGACAACUGCGGUUUGUACUGCUGUACAAUAUUUUGCAUUUCAUGUUGUGGGUGUUUUAAUGUGGAGACCCAAAGUGUUAGAAAUAAAUUAAACAGAUAUUUAUAUAAAAUAAAUAAUCAUAUAAGUAAAUUCAGACAAAAUGUAUUAUAUAACUAUGAAAGUGUAAAACAAUGAAAUUAAUUUUUAGCUUUGUCAGCAGUGUGGCUCUACGGAUAGCAGUGAUGGUCUGUCAAUUUUGUACAAACAUUCUCGUCCCCUCGUCUGGAUGAGUUGUUAGAACGUUUAUAAUCCCUUAAUGUUUCAUCUAGCGCCAUCACCAGGUCAAUAUUUAAGUUUGGCUGCAAAUCUAAUAAUAUUCCCAACAGCCUCAGCUCUACUUUGUGCUAAUUUGUCAAUGUUACCAUGUCAACACAAUAAACUAAGAUGGUGAACAUGGGAAACAUCAUACCUGCUAUACAUUAGCAUGUUAGAUAGUAGCAUUUAGCUCGAAGCACCACUGUGGCAAUUCUCCUUACUGCCCCUUACGUUACAGUAGACUCUUAAACUCUGCUCAUCAUCAUCGUCACUUAAAGUCUUUCAACCAAGAAAAAACAGGACAGAAAAAAGUGCUGGAAUUAAAUAAACAUUACCUGGUAUAAACUCUUUUAUUUUGAAAAGAAGCAGGUUGAAAUAUAAUUACACUCCAGAUUAUUUCACAAUUUGUUUGUUAUGUAUUUUGUCUGCAUUUAUUUAUAUGGAUAUUUAUUUCAUAUUCUUUAUAUGUAAUACAUUUUUAACUCUUUGGGGCUGCAUAUUUUACACUCAGUUCUUACUACAGUGCUUAAUGUCUGCCUGAGCAAGGAUAGGAUAUCCAAGCUUCAAACAGGGCUCAAUAAACUUUAUUUUUAAAAUGAACGUGGAUCUGUAUGGUGUCUCUAACUAAUAAAGGGUUUGUAAAUUCAGUUACAUGUACUUUGCAGGCUUAACCUAACAGUUAUUGGAAGGCUCGACAAUCAUUUGAUAAUUACUUUGCAAUUAUAAUUAAUAAUUACUUUUCACUACGUGUUUGUUUCUA